AUGACUCCCGCAACGCCGCCCAGAUCAAGGGAAAGAAGAUCUAGUAUGGUUAAUGACAGGGAACUUCCCCAUUUUGAGACUGGAUCAGCACCUCCGGAGACUCCACAUAGGUCUCUUCAAAGUAGGGGUCCGGUGACACCUUCCACCACGACAACCAAGUCACACAAGGAAUUAUCAGCACCGUACUUGUUCCCACCAAGGGAAAGGUCACCGUUUAAGGGCUUCCAAUCACCAGAAUUUACGCCGUUUCGUGAGUUGAAAGAACAACAGGAACAAGAUGAACAGUUCCCACCGCAAGAAUUACAAAAAGUUAGUAGAGUACUGUUCCCCAAGUCCUCGAAGGAUGAAAUCGGGGAGGAUCCAUCUCCUUCUAAGUUAGAGUUGUUACCGCCAACUAGACCGACAUCUUCAAGGAGUCGGAAAUUCUCCAGUGAGUCGCCCACUGAAUAUAAGAACGAAUCAUUUAAGCAAGCGAAACAAGUACCGGGUACACCUAGUGAUAAGCUGACGAAUUUUGAACUAGCUAAAAAAUGGUACAACAACAGUGAUAAUGACGAUAAUUAUGAUGGGGAUGAUGAUGAAGAUGAUGAGGGUCUGAUAAGGCAGGUAACGCCGACUAAUCCGUUUCAAAGUUCCAGUCCAGUUAGCGAAGAAACUAGAAAUUCACGCAAGCAGUCACUGCUCAAAAGUAAUCCUGAUGUGGAAGAUGUUAUAACGUAUCUGAAUAAGGAUGGCGCGGUUGCCAGACGACAUCGAUUAUCAAGUGCUGAAAAGGAAGCAUUCAAACCAAAACGUCUAUUCGCAAAGGAGCUGCAGGAGCUGGAAUCCGGAAAUGAGGCAGCUGAGGGUUCAAAUAGGAAUUGA